CCUUCGGACGUCUCGCUGCAAUUUCGUCGCAAUAAUAAAUUAACAUUUAUUUCAAAAUUAUUCUAGAUCAUGAAAUUCCAUCUUUUCCUCAUUGUUUUAUCCGCUGCAAUUUUUGCCCAGGUUUUCGCCUCUCAAGGUAAAGUACAUAAGUAACAUAACGUUGUUUUAUUUUGUUUGUCAAGAAAGUCCACUAGUCUGUGAAUAAUUUUCAGAUCCAAGAAAUAUACAAGUGGUUGUAAAAUGAUGUUAUAAUUGCACUCUUGCUAACGGCUGCUUGUUUUACUUAUUAGUUUAAAUGUGAGUCGGUUUUCUUUGUUCUUUGUUGGGUUGUAUCUCCGAUACGUCCCCAGAAAACCAAGAAACUGGUUAUUACAGUGCUUAUUUUAAAUUCGCGGCUAUAUCUAUAUACAAAGCCAUGCCGCCAGGGUUGUAAGUACCCAUUCCAGCGGCUCGUUGCCUCAACUCACUCGAGUAGAGUACAUCGGAAGCACUUCGGCUGCUUCGCCAUGCAUGCAUCUCGACUUUUGAGCACAGUUUAAGGCAGCGAAAGCGGGAGGGACAAACUAGAAGAUAUCGAAAAAAACAGGAGUCGUUUUGUUGCAAUUUGCCUUCAGUACAAAUUGUGGGUAAAUAUUAAUUUGAUGCGCAUGCCUAUAAAAACUGUAACAGCGUUCACGGUAGCGACCUCCAUUUCCCAAGUAGGGCAACCGACGAGAUAUUUUCUUAUGGAAACAAUGAAAAUUACUUGUGAUUAAUCCUCUUAAGAUCAAAGCCAAAUAGCAUCUUAUUUGAGAGGCUAUUUCGUACUAGAUACAUAAGCCAGGCCAGCCCGUUGAACAGGCUGCCCCUUGGCCACAACAGAAGGGUUUAAAUUAACUUUAUUCUUUAAUUAACACAAGUUUGAGCUUGUCUAGACGGACUAUUCUUUUCAACUUUAAACUUACACUAAGGUAAAGCUACAGUAAAAUGUAAAAGGAACAAGUCAGCUGGAGGUUCAAAUAAACAUGUACUCUAACUCGUUUACACGACACUAGACGAAUUUGAAAUCUGGCCGAAAUCUGCACGGGAACCACGGAACCGUGCGAAUUUGAAGCGGUUCGGAAAAAUUACGAUAUGUCCGGAAAAACUUUUGUAUGUCCGGAAAAAUUAUAAGUCCGGAAAUUUUUUGUACGUCCGGAAAAAUUUUGCGACCUUCUAUUUAGUCGGCUCUACUAACUCAUAAUAACUUAGUUUACCACAACUUGUUAUAAUCUUUUGUCGUGUACUUAUACAUGCCUUUUAAAAUAAAAAAACAAAGGUCUAGUGUUGUUGGUGCUUAUACAAUCUUGGACAUAUAAUUGCAAAGUUAAUGCUCAUUGGCAAAACAAACUUUGUCAUCCCCUCCUCAGUUGAAUGUUGUUAACAACGCUGAAUUUGCCUUUUUCAAAUGUUCCUCAAAAAAACACAAUGCAAAAUUUGAGUCGACCGUACUUUAAAUUUGAACUUCACAAUCUCAAAAGACUGAUAUAAGUGGGUAUGAUAUAAUGAUUGCUUAAGAUUCUCCAAUAAAACGUACGUAUGUAUGUAUGAAAAAUUGAAAAAUGAAUUUUACCAUGACACUGGCCUGCUUCAGGCUACCAUGACACAAGCUAAGCUCAACAUUGAGUUGAGGGGGGUCUGAAUUUACCAUGACACAAGCUCAACAUUGAGUUGGGGCUCAAGAAGUGCAACAUGAUCCAACAUGGGUUUAUCAUAAUGGGUAUGCGAAUUUCGUAUAGAGGGAAAGGUAGUCUCAACUAACCAGUUAUAAUCACUUGUUGAUAAUCACUUGAUAUUCAUAAUUUAGUUGAUAUUACAACCUUGCCUUCACUUUUGACAGGUGAGGGAAGACAUAAACGAAGUUUCCAUUCUUACUUCGACAACUAUUUUGAUGUGAUUGCUGCGAGUACUUGCACUGCACUGGGCAGUGGCGUUUCUGGCUGGUAUUUCCCAAUACGUAGAAAAUGUGUAAACCCUGGCCCCAGUUGCCACCAAAUCUGUACUUCGGCCAAUAUCCAAAAACAGGCCAAAGCAAAGAUUGAUCCAAGCAGGUAACAAAUAUCUAACAAUUCCCAUAGCUCUAGGUUGUUGUGCUAUUUCAAAACAUUAUCGGUUACUUAGGAAUGAAUCCCUAGUGAAAAUAAUGCACCUAUCAUUGUUUUCCCCCUGAUGGGGGGGGGGGAGUGCGGGCGACCCAGGGGACUUUGACCACACUAUGAAGCCCCAGCAAGGGGAAUUUGACCAUGCAUCAACUCCCAGAGUCGGAAACUUUUGACAUCCGCCAUCUUGAAAGUUUGCGCGGCCUGGUAACAGGUCAUUGAAAGGCCUGGUAACAGGUAUGGCGGAAAUGCACGAUCAAGUUUCAUCGAAAAAAGGUAUUUUAUAGCCUUUUAUACACAGUGUCUCAAUUUUUACCAAGUUUAAACCAGUAUAGACUGUAUGUUCGCAUUGGAAAACAUAUGUGUGCCUUGUUAUCUUAGGAAUAUAGUGGGGAAUUUUGACGGCCGUUCCUUGCCCAACAGUGGGGAUUUUGACCAUGCAUCAACUCCCAGAGUCGGGAAAUUUUGACAUCCGCCAUCUUGAAAGUUUGCGCGGUUUUGACAUUGAAAGGCCUGGUAACAGGUAUGGCGGAAAUGCACGAUCAAGUUUCAUCGAAAAAGGUAUUUUAUAGCCUUUUAUACACAGUGUCUCAAUUUUUACCAAGUUUAAACGUUUUUACCAAGUAUGUUCGCAUUGGAAAACAUAUGUGUGCCUUGUUAUCUUAGGAAUAUAGUGGGGAAUUUCGACGGCCGUUCCUUGCCCAACAGUGGGGAUUUUGACCACAAAAUUUUAAAAAUGUCAAAAUUCCCCUGGGUUUACCACCACAGGGAAAACAUUGAUAGGUGCAUAAGUAUAAAGCCGAAGGUUUGUAUAAAUACUUUUCCGGGCCAGAUAUUUUUAUGGGUCAGAGUAUGAGAAAACAGAGAUUUUGCGGGUUUCUAUUGAAAGAAUUUAACUUUUAUUUAAGGAAUUGAUUGAUUAUCUGAAGUAUUCUUUGCACGUCCUCGGAAUUUUUAAUAGAUUAUGUAAUCUAAUGACGUCAUCGUUCCGUCAUCUUGAAUUCCGCCAUUUUUGGUUGAUGACGUCAUAAACACAAAACUAUGCUUUAGGUGCCAAAAGUUGCAUGUAUUUAUGCUGAUACGUUCUAAACUCAUAACUACUCCCCCCCCGUAUUGAAAGUAUUAUGAUGGAUACUACUCCAGAUACAUUAGAAUUUCCGCGCUGAUAUUUAUUAUGCUUUUAUAGGCCGUGGGAUGAGCAUCCAAAAGAUGCAAUUCCGUUGCACCCCUCGUGGAACUACGUAAUUUUCACAUGAAUAAAUAGAUAAAAACUUACUUUAUCAGAAUCCGUUGCUCCCCAAGUGAAACAGGUGCACAAUUGGGAGAAAAAUCCCUCCAAAGUUUGAUAUUUUCGCGCUUCGAAAUAUUCGAACCGCCAUUAUUUUGGUAGCAAAUACGCAUGCGCAACUCAGCCAAACUCGCACUGCGCACGCGCAGACUAUAAAAAUAGAUUCUCACUGGGGGGUUUCGCCGAUUUCCUCCGCAAAAACAACAAAAUAAAAUCACGGAAUACUGAUCAAACCUUGUAAUAUAAAUACACCCACAUUAAAUAUUGUUAAAAACACACUGUAUAUUUUGCUUGCUCAUAUGCUAAAUCACUUCAAUUCAUUGGCUAUUGUUUCAAAAUACCGUUUUAACGUUUAAUUCUACUUUAUAUUAACAUCCUAAUUCAAUACAAAUUUGUGUGAGGUAAAAAACCCACCUGUAUCAAACAGGACGGAGAAUAAAAAAUAUAUAUGCAUACAAUUCACACGAUCAAGGAACAAAUGAAAUAUUCUGCUAAACUUAAAGCCUUGGCCAAACGUAAGAAACAAUGUCGCGGAAAUAUUCGUGAUUUUUAAUUGGCUUUUAUUGCAGACGCAAAAUUUGCUUCCCAGAAAGCAAAUUAUUUCCUACCAAAUUCAGAAUUCAGAAGCAUUUUAUGAAACACUCUUUAUCCGUUUGCCGACGCUGAUAAGACAAUAUGACAUACCGAAAGAUUGGAAAGACAAAUAAUAUGACAACAGUGUUUCCCAGUCCGUACCGGGCUUUAAGGGAUAUUUAUAUAAACUCGAAAUUCAUCAUAAAAAAAGAUAAAUUGGGAGGAAAUAUAAAAUUCAUUAACAUUUACAAAACAUUAUAGCUAUCUAUAAUUGAAAGAAAUGUUUUCAUCUUUGAACCCAGGUUUUCAUCAGAGCAAUAAAAUCCCACUUAUUGGAUCCUGGCCAAGGGCUUGCAUGCUCAAAACGAGAUUGCAUGUAUUCUGCAAUAAGCUGUCCUGGCUUUUGUCUGGUAAAGUUCUACUUCUCCUGUUUGAACUAUUACAUGUAUUAUAUUUAUAUUGUGACAUAAGUUGGUAUUUAGCCACUAUCUAGAAUAACAAGGAACGAUUCAGCCUGGUUUUUCGUGUCCAUACUAGUUGACUUUUUCUUAUAGAUUUGCUGCUGUGAGUUUCAGCUCCUCCACCAGGGUGCAUUUUAGCUUCUCAGACAUGACCAUACUGUUAACCCUGUCCAUGAGAGGGAUAUAUGUGUUGAUAAUAUAAAUACUGUGUAUCCGAAUGAGAAUAUCGAAUAAGUAAAUAAAUACUGAUCUACUCCACUGAUAAUACCUACAUGCAUUACCAUCAUUGUUCACCACAAAUCAAUAAUAAUUCAUGAGCAAAUUAGCCAACCAUAUUGCUUUAUUUUGCUCACAUGAUAAUACAAGAUACUUUAUGAAGUAUAUUGAUCCUGUAG